CGUGAAGUUGCCGCUCACAUGACCAUGCUUUCUACUUCCCGCACCACCUUGACCCCCUCCCACGAAACUAGAAUCCAAAACUGACAAUUUCUCCCCCGAUUCAUCAGACUCGUCGUCAAAUACUUCCCAUCGGACAGCAUACAACGUCACACUUCCGAGACUGGGCGCGUCCAAAGAACACGCACAAUACUUCCACUGCGGCAUCCAAUCCAGGCGGUCCUAGUCGCGGCUCCAACAUGAAAGACCGCGACAAGAAUGGCCAAUCGGCCGAGGACGAAGAGGAGCGGAAGAGACAAGCUAUUCUGGAAAAAGCCAUGAUGGAUGAUCUCGGCAUUGCUCGUGUCGAGGACCUGCCGUUGGAGCAUGUUGACCCUCCUCCUCGUCAUGGUCGUCAUGAUGGCCGGGGACCCCUCCGUCUUGCCAUGCCUCAACCUGCUCCCGGCGUGUCAGACAUGUGGGCAGAGGCCCAGCGACAAGGUCUGUUCAACGACGAUGACGCUAUUGCUGUCCGCGAACUAGAUGAUCUGGGAGGCGGAAGAAUCUAUGCCACCCGCCAGCAAGAAGUCAGGGCUAUGGCUAGCCGCAUCGUUCAUGGCGUCAGAGAGACUCAUCGUGCUCCAAUGUUGAACCCCGAGCUUCAGAGCCGCAUCGCUAAGCAAUACCAUGGCCGCGGACGCGAGAUACCUCCGAACCGAAAAAUCAACAUUGGCAAAGACAUGAGAACAUCCGCUCUCGGAGUACUUUAUCAUGAAGCUCAGCCGGUCAGGCAAUUCCCCCCGAAUUACCGACCGUCCCCUACACCUCCUUGCCCAUUGGCUUACCCAGAGCCCCCUCGACUGGUUCCUCCCAAUCGAGCACUCCCUUCUUCCCUGAAUCGAGUUGCAUCUCGUUCAACGUCCACUGCGCCUUUCAAAGAGGCCCAUCGGGCUACUUCAGUUCAGUCUACCCCUCGCACAACUCUUAGUCAAGCACCCCGUCAUCUUCCCGUCAACCACACUGUUGCGCCAAAUGGUUCACGCCAAAACUCCGCUAGCAUCCGGCGACCGUCAACGCCUACCGCACAAGGCCCAGCAAGUCAGCAGCUCCGGACUGUGGGCAACGAGAAUAUUGUUCCCUUUUCAGGCAACGAAUCUCCUCCACUUUCGCCAGAGCUGUCUAAUGUUCUCUUCAGAUGUGAAGUUGACUUUCCUAAUCCGACACGUCCGCCUAACCGGUCGUCUGUGCCUUCCAUGCUUUAUCUCUCCGCGGCCAGAAGACCACAUAUGGGAGUCUUCACGUUGACUUGCGAAGGCAAGCAGGUCUGCCAAUGUCCUGUUUCGCAAUAUUAUCACCACUCCAUUGAUACCAGGUCCCGAGAACUGGUUAUUAUGUUCAGGAGUCCAGGAGGUCAUAUCAUCUGUCACACAGUCAACUUCAAGGCCUAUAUGGCAGCGGACGAUUUUCAUCAGACUCUCAAGCGUCUCCGGGCUGGCGAAUACCUGGACCAGGUCAACGAAAGCUCCAGGCAGGUGUUGGAGGCUACCAUUCAAGAGGCAACUCAAAGCACCGUGAAUGUACCCUCCACACCGGCUAACCAGAACCCCGUGCCUCAAGCUCGAGCAGAACAAUCAAUUGCGCCAGAUCUCGACACAGUCCUACGACAACCAAUUGGACCAAAUGUCAACACCGCCUACCGUGCAGAGAACCAGGAGACACUGAUUGGUACGCUGAUUGACCUUGACACUUUUGACAACGUUCCAUCGACGGUCCAGCCACAGUAUGCUCGAUCUGAAGCUGCGGAACUGCUCUCCACUCUUGAUCCAAUUGAGUACGAGCUUGAGCAUGUCGACGAUGACCUUCAGCUACAGCAAGCCCAAACUGAAGCCACAGAGCUUCUCUCCACCCUUGAUCCAAUCGACUAUGAGCUUGGGCAUGUCGAUAAUAACCUUCGGCCGACGUCUCCGUCACAGCAAUCACAAUCUGAAGCCGCGGAACAGAACUACGGGCUUCAUGUUAUUAAGCAGGAAUUUGUCGACAGAUACCGGUUGCUGUUGCAGAACCUGAUCAAAGUAUUGGGUGAUAUGCCGAAGAACAAAACACGGCGCGGUGCUUCCCAGAUGAUCGAAGGACUCCAAAUGUGCGUGACGGAUCAAGCAAUGGAUGAUGAAUGCGGCCUCGAUGAAUCAACCAAGCGAGAGCUUCUGAAGGAGGUCUGGGGCAACUGGGGCUUUCAGCCUUCGGGUGCCGAGGAUUCUGCCCAAGAUAUUCAAUCAGCUCCUAAUCCUCCGCCAAAUCGCCCGGAAACUCCCAGACCUCCCCUUGAGACCGCAAGAGCAACUCCCCGUGAAGCCAGCAGGCCACCUCCCCCUGGAGUGACAACACAGACACGUCGUCAAGUGUACCAACGUCCAUUUUUGGUGUCACUUUACGAUAACCGUUUGCAGCCUCCCCACUGGCUCAAUGAGCUGGCUUUUAUGCCCGCGUUCUCUAGGAGGAACCAGCCUCCUUCGACUUGUCAGAGCUUGGAAGCUACGCUUUCAGCCACGAGUCGUGCCACGAGGCCUGCCACUCCGCUUCCAGCGGCUGCAUUCCUGGCUCCUGAUUUCUCCAGGAGCCUAGCCAGUCACGCCUGGGUGAUGGCAACAGAGGCCUCAGAGACCGUAGAGUCUACGCCCACCAUUACCUCCGAGUCAACGGCUCAAGAUGUGCAAGCAGAGGCCCAGGAGCCACAGAUCGAAGAGCCUACACCGGUAGUUUCCCUUGAGACAACUGCGAGUCCAUCCCAUGAAGAGCACGUAGAUGCAGACAUCCGCAGCGGACCCGAGCUCAUCUCUUUGGCCGUCCCGGAGCCAACCAGGCCUCCGUCAACACAUACCAAUCUUUGUGGCCUCCGACACUCAUUGUGGGCUAGACUUGGUGAUCGCCUUGAGACUGAAGGAGCCUUUACAGGUCCUCGGUUCUGGUCUAGCGCUUCCCUUCGAGAGCUUGCACAACUUGAUCCGCAGGCCCCAGUCAAUGCUACUCCUGACGAGUUAGCAGAAAUGUUCUCUGCUAGGCCUUCUAAUCAGAGCAUUGAGCAUGUGGCUCCUCGCCUUGCACCUGGUCUGCAAAACGACAGACCCACUUCAGUGCCUAAUCACCGGCCCGCCACCCCCGCCAACAAUACUUCGUGUAUUGGAGGACUGACUCCUCAGGAUCAGACACCUCUUGCAACCCAGCGUGUUGCUGACACGCCUACUCAGCAGCCGAGCUCUAUCAACGCACCGCCUGUUCAAGUGGAGCCCCCGGUUAUCUCUAGCAGUCUUGCCAACCGUGGACUGGCUGGCUCUAGCUUUGCGAUUAGUCCAGCGCCAGAGAGUUUCUCCGUGCCAGAGAGUUCCUCCGUGCCGGCUCCUCCUCACACUCAGCAAUCUGCUCCUCCUAACAGCUCCGCCAACCCUGGUUUAGCUGGGUCCAGGUGGGCUAGCAGUCCGACACCAGAAAGCUACAGUGGUACCAACUCGCCUGUUGUCCAAGCCCAACCGCCGGCUCCUGUUGUCGAGGCCCCUUCGCCGGCUCCCGCUCCCAGGCCUAUCAACCGCGGCUUGGCCGGAUCUAGAUUCGCUUCUGGCAAAGUGCUAUCCAGCUCUGGUAGCUUUACGGGCUGCUUCUCUCGGACGUAGCCACGUUGAAAUUUGGCAGUCCAAGGGUAUAUUGCGAAGUAUGGGAACCGUGAUGAUUCGAAAUGUGAGAAACCCAUACUUGACAAUAUCUUGCAGAACGCGGUGAAGGGAAAGGAACGACAACAAUACAUGGAUGGAAUAUCGAGAUCAGGUUCUAUUUCUUUUUCUUCUUUCCUUGCUGUUUCAAUGUCAGAAUACAGGCGAUAUUAGAGCAUGGCAGUAUGGCAUGACAUAUAUGAUGCAGCCUAGAAAGGGUAAAGAACUUAAAAAGCGUAAAAAAACCUAGAAACUUAGAUAGAUCGACCUCCAAGCAUAUGGAAGACUAUGUAGAGUAAUGUAAUUAUUAGACUUCAAGUUUGAUCCCAAAUGCUGGUGAUGUGCUUUCAGUGACCGAGAAGUGAUUGAGUGGGAGGUUGUACGAGUGGGAGAACCUGU